AUGGGUCGCAAACCCAACCAACUGAUCCUCGAGUUCUUCCACCGGGGUCCUAAGCUGGAAGACGCGAGCAACCGAUACCAACACACUUGCAAAGCUUGUGGCGAAGUUUUUCCGAAGGGUCGCAUUGACAGUCUGACCAAUCACCUGGUAAAGAAGUGCCAGGCGAUUCCCCUCCGCGACCGCCAACGCGUGUUGUUGCGACUUCACGAACUCCCGGACUUGACCGAUGGCGAUUCGACCAAGGAUUCCCCAACUGGAAAGCAAGGCAAGGCGGGUGAAAACGGAUUUCCCAAUCGCCAGAACUUUGAUGGUCUCAACGUGCUGGCUGAAGCUUCGCGACAAGUCGGCGCCUCGGACGUGACCAAGCGCCCCGGAUACACCCAGUCUGUGACAGCCGGAGGCAAGACCGUUAUUGUCGACCCCGCGCUCGAAGCGGAAGGCUUCCAAGGUCAAUCCCAAGGACCUGACAAGAUGGAGGGUACGGCAAAUGCCGAGGGAACUCCCCAGUCGUCCAACGCUCCUAGUAUUCCUGCUCUCCCGAGCCACACCCCCAACGAGCACCACGAAUCCAUGUCUCCUACCCUUGGAAAUACCUCCAUGUCGCCUGAAUCCACAUCCAAUGCGCGGCAGUCGCAGCUGUCAAUGAUCGCAGCGUCUGCCAGUGAGAUGGUCCCCCAGGGACUGUCCAUUGAUGGUGAUAGCAUGGGUCCCGAUGGAAUGAAGAUGAGCCCAUGGAGCCAGCAACUGUCAACCCACGAGCAGCUUCUCUUUGACAGCUUGGCGGAACAUGACCCCACGUUGACUGCUGCCACUCAGCGGGCUGCCUCCUAUCCUCGCCCUAUUGCAAUGAACCCUAACACUCAGGCGAAAGGAUUCGUGAAUGAAUUUGGCAACUCUACCAAGCCGAUGAAGCCCAAGGUUCGGGGUCGCUUUACCGCCGAGCGUCGACGUGAAGUCCAGGAUGUGCGAAAGAAGGGUGCAUGUCUUCGUUGUCGGAUGCUCAAGAAACCUUGCUCUGGUGAUACCCCUUGCACCACCUGCGCUAGCGUGGAGAGCGCUCGCUUGUGGAAACACCCGUGCCUGCGUACCCGCCUUUCUGACGAGUUUGAACUCUACAAUGCUAACCUUAACUCCACCCUGGCCUACCAUGACACCAAUAGCAUUAAGAACCAGAUCAAAUUUGACCACUAUUCCGGUCGCAUCGAGGUCACUCACUUUGAAGAGAGCAACUCUUUCAUGACUUUCAGCGGACUUCAAGGUCACCGUCAAUCUGUGUCUGCACUUGAUCCUCAGCUGCAAGCCCUCGGUGAUGAUCAAUUCUCAGGUCCAUCGCAAGAAGUCUUUUUGCUGGACUCCGACUCCGAUGAUAUCCCCAGUAAGCUGGAGAUGUACAUCAAGAAGAACGCCUCCUACUUCUAUGAACGGGAGACCUCACCGUUCAUGAAGCCGACUUUGCUGCUCGCCGCUGAACUGAAUCAAUCAAAGAAGGACAUUCUUCUGGAGCGUGUGCUGGAACUUUGGGUUGCCACACACAUUCUUGUUGAUACAGAACUCACCUGGAAAACUUACUACAAUCCCACUCUGCCCCCGAAUUCGUUGCACUCACUUUCUCAGCCCUCCGAUGAGGGCCGGCUGCCCAUCGAGGAAGUUUCCGACCCAGAGUCUUACGGUCUUCUCUGCAGCCAGCUUCGUGCUGCCAUGGAGAAGCGCGCUUCGCAGCUGAGCAAAUUUGUCAUCAACGAUCUGGAACGUCGACUUCUUCAGCGCCAGAAGUGUGGCUGGUUCGAUACUUACAUCGUUGCCAUUAUUCUUUUGAACUGCGUGGAGCGCACUUGCUGGUUGUUCCGCUCAUGGGACAACGAGAACUUCGCUCAGCGAUGGCCUCUGGACAAGCGCCCUCCCUACUACUUCAACCAGUCUGACCGCUUCGCCGAUAUUCUCGAGAUGCUUCUGCGCAUGCGCCAUAUCCCUCCCAAGGCUACUUUCCGCCCUGACAAUGGUGUUUUAAAGGCAGUCGAAGGCAGCGACGAGCACGCUGUCCGCUGGUUCGAUAUGAUCCAACUUACUCCCUACUUCAUCGAAGAGCGCAAGAACGCCGUCUUCGACCCAUCUGACUCGCGCUCGCUUGAUUGCCACCACAGCGCUAAUCUACUUGAGCCCAACAAUGCAACCUGA